AUACUUAAUCUUGCCGCGAAGCUUUGCAUCACAAAUCCUCGACAGACUUAUCUGUUGACGCAGUACGUGCUAAAUCUAGCAAAGUACGACCAGAACUACGAUAUCCGGGACCGUUCACGCAUUGUUCGCGCACUCCUUUUCCCGGACUCUGGCAGCGGUGGUGCUGCUGACAAAUCGGUGAGUCCAAGUUGA